CCUAACUAGAAACGCCCUUUUUAUCAUUUUGUCCUCUUUUGGCACAUUGGUUUACCGUUUCCGGCGAAAGUGCACAAUUUGGGAAAAGAUUCCAUUGAGAGAGUUCAUCGUCUCCGGCAAUGUCGGAAAUCGGAACGACCGACGAACUUCAGCGCAGGAAGUUUGAAGAAGCCCUAGAAGUCAAAUCCCUCCGUCGUAUCAUCAGCGCCUACCUCAAUUAUCCUGAAGCUGCAGGAGAGGAUGUGAAAAGAUGGGAAAGGUCUCUUACAAAACUACUCCCACCUCAUAAGGCCCUACUGUCUCACCUUCCCACGAAGUUUCAGAAACUAAGAUGGUGCAUCGCUCAAAAUUCAUAUUUCAUAUUUGAGAUGCUAAAGGUGUUUGAGCCCCCUCUUGAUAUGAGCCAGGAUGUUGAUAUUCGUGAAAACCAACAUCUAGAUGAUGUGUCAGGUAAUCAUCUCUUUUCUAGAUCAAGGAACCUUUGCUUAUGUGAGUCAACGUCAACUAGUAGUGGAGUAGAUUGCCACUGCUUGGCUGAACCGAGCUCUAAAGAGACCUGCAAUGGGAAGUAUCCGGCGCCAGCAAAAUUUAAUAAGGAGCAAGAGAUUGAUGGUUGUAAGAGCCUUCCAGACCAGGACACGUUAUAUGCUUCUGCUUGUUGCAAUGGAAAUGUAUCUUCAUCACCUCCGGACUGGUUGGACCCAUCUUUGCAGCUGCAUGUUCCACUGAUUGAUGUGGAUAAGGUUCGGUGUAUCAUCAGAAACAUUGUAAGAGAUUGGGCCAACGAGGGUCAAAAAGAACGUGAUCAGUGUUAUAGGCCCAUUCUGGAAGAGCUUGAACGCCUAUUUCCUAAUCGAUCUAAAGAAAAUCCUCCAGCCUGUUUGGUUCCUGGUGCUGGACUUGGAAGACUUGCUCUAGAAAUUUCAUGUCUUGGUUUUGCUAGCCAGGGAAACGAGUUCUCAUACUACAUGAUGAUCUGCUCCAGUUUUAUUCUUAAUCAUACUCAAGCUGCUGGUGAAUGGACUAUCUUUCCGUGGAUACACAGCAAUUGCAAUUCGGUGUCAGACGAUGAUCAGCUUCGUCCCGUCUCUGUUCCAGAUAUUCAUCCGGCUAGUGCAGGUAUUACUGAAGGCUUUUCCAUGUGUGGUGGUGAUUUUGUUGAGGUCUAUAGUGAUCCAAGCCAAGCAGGAGUUUGGGAUGCAGUUGUCACUUGUUUCUUUCUAGACACUGCCCAUAACAUUGUGGAGUAUAUUGAGAUUAUCUCAAAAGUCCUCAAAGAUGGUGGAGUCUGGAUAAACCUUGGGCCCUUGCUUUAUCAUUUUGCAGAUAUGUAUAGUCCGGAAGAUGAAAUGUCAAUUGAACUGAGCUUGGAGGAUGUGAAAAGGGUCGCUCUUCAUUAUGAAUUUAUAGUCGAGAAAGAAUCAACUAUUGAGACAACAUACACUACAAAUCCAAGGUCAAUGAUGCAAAAUCGAUACUAUGCUGCCUUCUGGACGAUGCGUAAGAGAACAAAGGCGACUUUGUAGUUGAGCAACAAAUAGUUUGCAUCCUUGUGUUGUGGAAUACCAAUGAAUUCACGUUGAUUCUCUUAAUCCUAUUGAAGGCAUGCAUAUUCAAGAAUAGGAGGACGAUUUCCAUAAAUUUAUUAUUUUUAGUGUGACAGUUUAAGAAAGACUUUUUCUUUCAUCAAUGCAAUGGAGAUGGUAUGGAUGACUAUUUAAAUUUAA